AUGUUGUUGCGUGUUGCAGCACCUGGGGUACAACGGCGGAACGUGAAGGGAAGCGCGAGGACUGGCUGUCCGUUUGAGGUUAGCGUCCGGCACGCGAAGUCCCACAGGUGGCCCAGGAUUAGCAAAAUGAAGCUCACGCACAACCACAGCGUCGACCGCAAGACCAUCGACGUCAAGCUUCGCCUCGCAUCAAAACCUACGGAGGAGCAGCUGGGACAAGUGAAGCAGAUGACAAGUCAUGGGAUGAAGCCAAAAGAGGUGACAAAAACAAUGAAGGCGUAGCACGAGGACAGCGACAUCGAC